AUGGCCACACUCUGCACGUUAGUGGCGGGUUGGCGUAUCAUUGUUCGAAUGCAGAUGAAGCCUUGGUUGGGGAUAAGCGACUGGCUUAUGAUUGGGGGUGUAAUUCUCAACUUCCUAGGGUGCGUACCCUAUGCCGUCCUCUGUGCAAAAGGCGGCCAAGGUCGCUUGAUGGCAGACCCAUGGUGGCUUAUACCAGGCAACACAUCCAAAGAGCUGCACUUGAUCUUCAUCUCACAGACUCUGAAUGUCUACGCAAUGUUCUUGGUCAAAGCCUCGAUUUGCGCAUACCUCAUGGCUUUGGACUUCGGACGCAGCUACCGAAUUCUCAUAUGGGUAUCGGUAGUUGUUGUAGUCAUCUGCAACUUCAUCAUGAUGUUGAUAUUGCACUUCGCGUACUGCCGACCCUACUACUCUCGGUGGGACUUCUCUGUGCAAGGAGAGUGCUGGCCGGAAGCGGUGAGCGAGGUGACGGCGUACGUACAGAUUGCAUCGAACAUCUUUACAGAUCUGAUCUAUGCUGCCGGACCGAUCGUCUAUCUAAGGCGCGUACAACUCAGCAAGCGGACGCAGUGGGGCGUAAGCAUCGUGUUUCUGCUUGCACUUGUUGGAACCGGCCUUUCAGUCGCGAAAACCUUCAUCACGUACAAGUUCCUGCGGUCACAGGAGAUGAUGUGGGACGCAAUCGAUUUGAGCAUCUGCAGCAUCAAUGAGGUCUGUGUCGGCAUAAUCAUCGCGAACCUACCACCGCUACGAAAGCACAUCCUGGGCCUUUUCUCUAGAGUUCUGCCUGGAAGCUACGCAACCGGCGCUGGCAAUUCGCGACAACAGAACAGCCAGUUUCACCCAAACUCUUCGCAUUUCAGUUCUAGAGGGCGCACUAAGCUGGAUAACAAGGAUGACGACGAGAGCGAGCGGCAUAUAUUGGAGCUCGAAGACAGGACACAAAGUGUGAAGAUCAUGAAGACAACGCAAGUGAGCGUUCGAGAAGGGAAUGCGCACUCGCAGACGCCAUCGUUGAAUGAGCAUUUCUGA